AUGGGAAAUGGAGUGUUAUUUCCUUUUAACUGGCUGUCCUCUUCUCCCCGACUAGUAACUAACCUCCAGAUUCUGCAGUCCUGCGUGAAAUGGCACCACCUGGAGCACAAGGCUGCCAGCCUCUGGAACGCAUACACAGGCGUCCUAAAUGAUCAAGCCUUAAUCCUGUCCAUAAACUCCAGCUUUGUGGAUCCCUUGCUGCAAUUUGAAACGCAGCUGAUGAUAAUGGAGUCAGCCUUUAAAGUGGUAUUUGGGAUCCCCAGUCUUGAGAAAGUGAAGGAAAUGGGGGACGGCGAGGACAACGAGGACCUGGAGGAAUUAUACCAAAGUAUUUUCAACAUAUAUGAGGACACACUCCUGAUCUUAGUGUCUAAAGACUUCUACAAACUACAAAUCUUAAAGGAAAUGGCCAUGUGGAUGAGUAAAGACAGGUCCUACCUGCAGGACAGAGUCAUGGUGAUCAUCAGCAGAGUGCUCAUCUUUGCUUCCAGGAAAGUCAAGAGAAGUGCAAGUGUGGAUGUCCCCUGCCUGGGGGUGCUGGCAGCAGAGCUGUGCCUCUUGUGCUCACACACCAACCGGCGCAUCACCGAGCAGGCGUCCUUGGGAAUGUACCACCUCCUGUGCAUCGCCAAGCAUCAGAACGAUGAUAUUAUACAAAAUACAACUGCUAAGUAUGAGCAGUCUGGAAGCCACUGUUUCCUGUCUUCUCCCUCUGACAUAGAAUUCCUGCUCAACAUCUUGCAAGAAGACAAAACUAAAGUUGCUCAGAGCAUAGGGCAGAUGUUGCUGCCGUCCUUGCUGACUGACUUCGUGUGGAGUCUCCUGACCCGACUCUCAGCGCCGGACCACGGAGUGGCGAAGGAAGCGGCCACCAUGCUGAAGCUGACGCUGGAAUACCACGCCCACAAGGUCACCAUGGUGUCUAAGAUUGUGGACCUUAUUUAUAGGAAACUGUGUGAGAAUUCGACUCAAGUUAUGAAGCACACUAUGCUGCAGGUCAUCACCUUGUUGACACGUACCUCGCCAAAAAAAGUCAUCUUUCAGCUGAUGGACUACCCAGUCCCUGCGGACAACACUUUGCUACUGAUGUGGCAAGCGGCUGGUUCCGAGGCCAGCGUGGCCCUCUACGUGCUCAAGACCAUCUUGCUGAUACUGAGGGGGAAGCCUGGGGAAAGGCAGGACAGCCUGGCAGACAGAAGACGGUUCUCUAUCGACACUACCAACAUGAUGCCAGUGGCGGCAUCCCAGGCCCUGUGCACGCUUCUGCCUGUCGCUUCCUACAAGAAAGCGGUGGCCCAGUUCUUCCCGCAGCUCUUGAUGGCCCUUCUGUUCCAACUCUUUUACACCAGCAACAUGACCCUGGUGACGAAGGACAAUCUUUUCUUUGCCCGCGAUGCCCUGAGGGUGCUGCUGAAUUGCUCUGGGCUGGAACAGGUGGAUAUUGCACUGAAGAAAAAGAAUUUCUGGAACCAGAUCUCCCAGGUGCUGUUUCACCACCACGGGGUCUACCUCAUCGCCAAAACUCUCAGUGAAUAUAACUUUCCACAAUUUCCGGAGACCCUGCAUUAUCUCUACAAGCUCUCGGUGGAAGGUCCUAGAAGAUCAGAGGAGAGUGUGAUCACAGUGAUCUUCCUCACAGAACUCCUGAAUAAAUUCUUCAAGGACCCAUUCCCAGAAGAAUUUUUGGUUCUCUUCAGGAACUGGAUCAACGACUCCAACCCCGCAGUGAGCAAAGUGAGCCUGCAGAAGAUCGGCAGCAUGGCGCCCGUCAUCAACCAGGUAGGAAAUGUCUGCAGCUUAUUAUUAUCCAUCCUGGACGCCUUCCUUUCCAAAGACAAGACUGUUAUAAUUCGGGCCUUGCUUACCCUCCGAAGACUUUUAAACAAACUGGACAAGGUGACCUACUCCUCCCUGUGCACCAGAAUUGCUUCCAGCUACUGUCCACUGAUGGAUCACAGCAACGGAGGCAUUCGGAGCAUGGCCAUCCGACACUUCGGCGAGUUACUCAGGGACAUGAGUCAGUACACGUGGAUGUUGAACAGAGUGGUGAUCGGAGCCCUGGUGCCUCUGGUCCUGUUUCUGGAGGACACAGAGACAAGAGUCGUUACAGCCUGUAAACAUACAUUGGCAAUCUGCGCCUCGAAAUUACAUUGGUCAAUAUCGCAUUUGCUCAUGGGCCACUCUUACAGUUUUGAGCUGGUUGUGCUCAACAUCUGCAACAAGCUUUUUGCUUCUCAUGGGAGCUACACUGUAGAUUUGCUCUCUGAUGCCUUGGGGUUCCUAAGGAGCUCCCACGUGUAUCUGAGGAGAGCGUCCCUCAUUCUCAUAGGGUACUUGACAACACUGGGUGGCCAUUUACUGCUCAAAGAUGACAUUGAGGUCAUGCUUGAGGCUAUCGACCGAGUGCUCGAAGACGAAGACCCGGAGAUCAGGGACUUAGCAAAAAGAACCUGCAAACUUUUUAAGGAAGUGGCCCAUCAAAUGACCUCCUCAGUUAUUAAACAAGGCUCCCGAAGACUGUUUAACUUUAUCUACAUCAAAAAGCUGAAGCUUCUUUACCAUUACAACUCACCCAACGAUGUGACAGAAAGUCCUAUGAAGAUUAAAGAAACCAGGAAUGGUAAGAAAGGCCUCAUGCAUGAGAGCGAUGAAACCAUUUUGUGA